GUUGAAGGGUUUUCCCGGUUUGACUUGAACGCAUCAUAUGGGUUUUCUCUGGUUUCAACUCAGUCAGUCAAGUGCUGUGGACGUGAAACAGGCGAUUUUUCGGGUUCUCCUGGACCGAUAAUGACCUAUUGGCAACAAUGAAUGUCCAGAUGAAUCUACUAACGUGAUUUUAAACGCACUGCCGUGCUUGGACGGGAAGGAUGUCCAUGUGCAUUGGUCCACUGCACUGCUGAUGUGGUGAGAAUUCUAACGGAGUUCGACCCAGGAGAGACACCUCUGACCACAAGUACAGCCAGCGGUCUAAUGUAAGAGGAUGCUCUCUUGGCCACCAUGGCCAGCUUGACUCUGAGGUACUUCUGCUAUGGCUGCCUCUUCACCUCGGCCACCUGGUCGCUCCUCCUCUUCCUCUACUUCAACCUGGGGGCUGACCCGGGCCUGGCCAGGACCCCAGUGCAGGCCAGGAACAACAGGCCACUCCAGCAGCAGCAGCAGCCAAUCACCAGGGGCCCUGGUGGCCAGAAGGCGGGGCGAGGGUCGUUUGUGGCCAAUAAGGGGAGCGAGCUUUCACCAGAGAUGGGUAUGAUAUUCAGCGAGGCGGAUCAGAGGCUCAGGGACGUGGGCUACCACCGUCAUGCCUUCAACGUCCUCAUCUCCACCAGACUGGGAUCCCACCGAGACCUGCCCGACACCAGAGACUCCCAGUGCAAGGAGAAGGUGUACCCUCUCUCUCUGCCCUCGGCCAGCGUAGUGAUCUGCUUCUUCAACGAGGCGUUCUCCGCCCUCCUGCGGACCGUGCACAGCGUGCUGGACCGCACGCCCGCCUACCUGCUGCACGAGAUCAUCCUGGUGGACGACAACAGCGAGCUGGAGGACCUGAAGGAGGACUUGGAUCGCUACGUCAGGGAGCAGCUGCAGUCGAAGGUCAGACUGGUGAGGAACCAGAAGAGGGAAGGACUCAUCCGAGGACGAAUGAUAGGAGCCUCCCAUGCCACCGGCGACGUGCUGGUGUUCCUGGACAGCCACUGCGAGGUGAACACGGCGUGGCUGCAGCCCCUGCUGGGCCUGCUGCAGAGGGACCAGCACACGGUGGUGUGCCCCGUCAUCGACAUCAUCUCCGCCGACACGCUCGUCUACUCGCCCUCGCCCAUCGUCCGCGGGGGCUUCAACUGGGGGCUCCACUUCAAGUGGGACCCCGUGCCCCCCGCCGAGCUCAACGGGCCCGACGGGGCCGCCGGGGCCUUCAGGUCGGUAGGGUCCGCCAGCCGGUCACAUGACCAGGGGCUAACGUGUACUGCACGGAUGUUUUGGGUUUGGUCUUUUUACCGAGAGGGGGAAAUCGACAGACCUGGCAAUGGCUUUAACAUGUUACCCUGCAUGUUUCCUCUGUCUGCUGUACUUAACGCUACUGUGAUAAAAAAAAAGGGGUAAAGAAAGUGCUUUGGAGUCAGACAAAGCGCAGCGGUCUAUUUAACAUCACAUGAUCUCAAACAAGAAUGAGAUGAUGCACAACUGGACAGACACACUUUUUUAAAAUCUCUUCAAAAGUCAUCAGAAAAAAUGGAGAUCAGUU